AUGGGUUUGUUGUGCCCUUGUUUCCAGUUGUGCAGUAUUUCCAGUCGUAUGGGCGAAGGCUUUGCUUAUGCCUGCUGCUGCUCGCAAAUCGCGCCGUUUACUCUUCGAGCCAAGCUCCGAGCAGAGCAGGGCAUUCAAGUUAGUAUUUGAUUCCUGGCUUGUUACGUUACACAUUUAUAACUGAAUUACCCAACGAAACGUAACGUUAUACUUUUAUGAAAGUCGCGAUCGGCAGUGAUCUGUAGGUCAUGUCAAGCGCUCUACCGACCAAGCUAGUCCUGCCGCGUUACAGCUAUACAGUGACAUAGAUUUUAAGGCACACGCUAAAAUGUUUAUCGCAAUUUUUACACUGACUCUACUGAGAUCCGAUUUAUGUACAGACAAACAGGUUGAAACCAACAGCUAAGAUGGCGUGCGAUAGUGCUACUUAGUAGGUUUUGUUCACAUAACUUCGCUUCCUUUCCUUAAGUUUAAUAGGUUCCAAAAAGUGUAGUCACAACUCGCCUUUUCUCUCUGAGAUUGAAAGAGACUGAAAAGGCAAUCAUAGAUUAUAUCGGCUCCUAUAGUUACCAAGUUCACCGUGGUGCUGUUUUCGCUCCCCCUUCUAACCUAUGGUGUUCUUUCAGGGCUCUCUUUGCAAUGAUGCCAUCAUGAUCUCUUUCUGCGGCAACUGUGUGCUGUGCCAGAUGGACCGUGAACUCAAAGCUAUCGGAAAGUAA